AUGGUUUACACUACCUUCCAAGAUCAACAAAUGAAAGCUCGCAAAAGAUCAUUAACUCGCUGUGUCGAAUGUCAGUCAUCAUUCAGACCUCAUCUUUGGGGACGUGAAAGUGGUAAAGGUCCUGUUUGCGAUCAUUGCUCCAACGGUGGUAAGGACUACAGCCAACAAGAGGAAUUGCCCUCUUCAAUGGAGAAGGAGGUCAUGAUGGAUCUGGCUCACAAUAAGAAUGAUGAGAAUAUCAUUUGCGCAAACUGUCAGGCAACAACAACUCCUCUUUGGCGUCGAGAUGCAACCGGAAAGACAAUCUGUAACGCAUGUGGUCUCUACUAUAAGCUACAUCAUGUUCACAGACCUGCUACUAUGAUGCGAACAGUCAUUAAAAGAAGAAAGCGCUGCCCUUCAUCUGACAAACAGCAACAACAGCAUCCUCCUCAAAAGCAGCAAAAGUUAGAUGAUGAUAAGAAAUCUGCUUCAUCACCCACAUUCAAACACAAUUACACUCCAUCUCCUCCUACAUCUACCAAACAACAACUUCCUCCUCCACCUGUUCCCGCCGCUGUGGUCCGCAAACUGAGCUUUGAUGAUAAUUGCAGUACGAGCAGUAGCAGUGGCAGCAGCAAUGGCAGUAUCAGCGGUGGUAGACACAGUCCUGAUUUGAUUAUGUAUCCUGAAGAUAACAGUUCCAAGACGAUGGUUUGGCCUCAACAUCACUACCAAAAAUUGGAAGACAACAACCGUUUUACACUUCCUCCCAUCCACACGUAUUACAAACAAUCAACACAUUGCUCACAACAUGAUUCAUUACAUUCUCAACGUCAAGAACUUCAAAGAGAAGUAACUCGUUUAUCACAACUCUUAUCAAACACAGUCGCCAAAUUGUCCGACAUUGAUUUUGCCAUUGCUAAUCCUCAACAACAACAACAACAACAACAACAGCAACAGCAACACCAUCAUUCACAUCAUCAUCACCAUAGCCAACAUUGUACCUGUCCUUCGUCUGCUUCUUCCGCUGCUCCUUCUCCUCCUUUGUUGCCAUCCUCAUCGUCAAGCGUUAGCAGCAAUUCAUCUGAAUCUGAUUACGAUCCGAGCCUAUUACAGGAACAGCAAGUGGCAAGAUCUCUCUUAUCAUUGGCAUCAACAAACACAAAUUCUACUGUCGGAACCCGCCUUCCUCCGAUUUCAUUGGUUAACCACUAA